ACGUGCAGAAAACGCUGUCGUCGCCGCACCGGAACACAGACAAGACCCAUGUGUGUGUAGGGGUGUGUAGGGGUGUGUGUGUGUAUGUGUGUUUCCCCCCUGACUCCUUUCUGAAGUGCAAGGGAGCUCAGAGAACUGCGACCUUUCUGUCCUCCUCACACACACACACACACACACACACACACACACACUCCUAUUAAUAUAACGAUUUCUUGUAUCGCUCCUGGGGAAAUAGACGCGACGUGAACGCGCACCGCGGUUUCGCUUUUUUUAUCCGUAACGUCCAACGGGGAGCGCGCACGUGCACCCCCCCCUCCCUUCUUCGCGCGCACACGCGCGCUCGCACACGCAACCGACCGUCAGAUCGCAUCCGUAAUUCGCGCGAGUGCGGCUUUUCGACACGCAGCGUCGGAUCGAAAGAAGAAAGGGAUCUAAAAGAAGAGGAGCAAUAAGAAGAAGAACAAGAACAGGGGACAUCCAUGCCCUCAGAUUUCCAGCACGACAGUAUCAGGAUGCCGAAUAUAGGAUUUCAGAACCUCCCCCUCAACAUCUACAUCGUGGUGUUCGGAACCGCCAUCUUCGUGUUCAUUCUCAGCCUCCUGUUCUGCUGCUAUCUGAUAAGGUUACGGCACCAGGCCCACAAGGAGCUGUAUGCGUAUAAACAGGUUAUUCAGAAGGAAAAAGUCAAAGAGCUGAACCUACAUGAGAUCUGCGCCGUGUGCUUGGAGGAGUUCAAGCAGAAGGACGAGCUGGGGAUCUGUCCGUGCAAGCAUGCCUUCCACAGGAAGUGCCUCAUCAAGUGGUUGGAGGUGAGGAAGGUGUGUCCCUUGUGCAACAUGGCUGUCUUACAGCUGGCACAGCAGCAGGGCACGACUGAGACGACGGUCCUCACGCAGCAGCCCUUGCCCGGGGUGGAGAACCUGGUGUAGCCCGUCCUCCUCAUUUCCUUUUUGUCCUCCUACCUCUACCCCUCGAAAGCUCUACUGUACAGGUACACGAUGACAUCAACAAAAAGCGGUAGCGUCCUCUAGAAGAUUGACCACCAUGCCCUGAUCAUGCCUGGCAAGUCCCAACCAAGAUCAACGUUUUAUUAUUCCUUUAAAGGGGACAGCGAAGAUUUGGACUAUUCUACACCAAAGCACUUUUCUGCGGACACCAGCGCAAGAGGCGAACACUAACUAUUUAUAACGCAAGAGGAAAAGAAAAAUUGUUCACCACAACAAGCAAAAAAUUAUACUUUUUUUUAAACAAGCACUUUACUCAAGACUAAAUAUUUCUGGUUGUGCAGACGGUAGCAGGUUUUGUAUUAUUUUUCCAUUGUAUUAUUAAUAUCUAGUUUUCAUUUUUAGUGAUGUACACAGAGCUCCCGAUUUGCGUGAAACCAAUACAAUGUGAUCAAGAAGUGCUUUUGAACAGCGCAGAGUUCCACUCGUCACCGAUGAAGACGGAAACGACGUUCGGAGAUGACCCGGAAAAGCUCUGGUUUAUCGUAGGAAGGAAUCCUACGUGGAUAGAAGUAGCUCUUCUGGGCUGAUCCGAGACCAGUUUUGUGGUCAUAUUCCAGCUUAAGGUUUUGUUUCAGUGCAGAAAAAGGGUAUCCAAUCGGCUCGACAAAUGUGAAUAAAAAACAAAUGGGGUGACGUUAUGAUUUGGUAGGUUCCGCUGCUAUUACUCAGUCCAAGAGCACGUCCAGACAAAACGAAUGGAAAGAAGUUUUUUUUUUUUUACAAGAGCAUUUUGAGAUUUCAUUGUCAGAAUCCCCUCUGCACUACAAUUCGAAUUCGAGGCGAACGGUAUUUUAGGGAUACACUAACUCGUACUAGUAACGCUUAACUUGUAAACUUAACUUGUUUGCGAAAAGGACACGUUAGCAUGCUAACACACACUUAGCGAGCACUUAGGCUGUUUGUCAAUAUUUUUUUUCUUCUCAAAAUUGUUAAUCCCAAACCGAUUUGAGUCAAGUUAGCGGGACAUUACUGACAGGAGUGCUUUAGCAUCUAUAGAAUCAAAUAGCUUGCAGAACUUGAUUAGCCCUGGGGAUCUUUUCUGUGAUCAGUCAGGCACAUAGAACCAGACAUGCCCCCCCCCAUAACAAACACUAGUCCAGGUUAAUGGAUAGUCCCCACUGUAGUUCCAGAGCAUCCACUCAGCAUUUAAAAGUUAAUAAAAAAGCAAAAUAAAAAAAGGUAGCUUGGUGGGGGGGGGUACAGCACUUUGUAUCUAAUACACAAAAAGGUGUAAAUGCAUUAAGUGCAUUUGGCUGCUGCUCCCCAGUCAGCAGGUUGCAUUGAAACUGCGUUCUGCUUCUGGUGCUUUCCCCACGGCUGCAUUAUCAGCGCUGUAAAGUGCUGCGUAGAGCCUUUUCACUGGAGGUCAUCGGCUUUAAAUAGAGCUCGUGGGUUACAUUUUCAUGAAAGCCCAAGGCGUUCUUUGUCGCAGCGGUGAAAGCUGUAAAAGCGUCGCUCGUUUUAGUGUCGAAUUCCAAACUCGCGUCCUAGCCUUUUGAGGGGGAAAAUAAAAACAAAACAAAAAGCAUUGAUGUUUUAGUUCCCAGUCCUGGUUGAAGGAUGGUUGAACGUCCUUUGAGUGUGUACACACUAUAUUGACAAAAGUUGGCAUGCGAUUGGGAUGUGCUUUUUGAACCUCCCAUUCCACAUUUAGUCCCCAUUUUGCCCUUAUAAUAACCCCCACUCUUCUGGGACGACGUUCCAACAGACUUCUAUAGCAGGAGAUCUUCUCCAUCUUCCAAACCAUGGAAAGCAUAUCUUCAUUGGACUUCAGGAACUCCUACUCAAAGAAGGAAGAAUUUCAUGGCACCGCAUCCCAAGAUGUCUUGUACAAUUUUGUGCCUCAGAGUUCCUGGCCACGGUUUGGGGAAGAACCACAUAUGACUGGAAAAAACUCUUUUGCACUUAUAGUGCACCUCAAGGGAAGCGGUAUCGGUGUCUCGCGCCUGCGAUAUCAUUUACGUAAAUUGACAUCGUCGUGUCUGGGAGGAAUGUUGUCAAUUCAAAUCUCGUUGUCUGUUAGAGCUCUGACACACCAAGCCGAAUUGAGAAGCCGUCGCCAAGUGUCUAGCUGACUCGUUGUGCUAGCCGACUUGUUUCGACGAUCUCUUUUAACCAACAAUUUCAGCCAAUCAUAGCCCUGGAUUUAGCCCUGGGGAGCACUCUACAGAAAGACAACUUCAAAAUUUAACACUUUCUAGUGUUUAAUGUGAAACGACGUCACGCUCACGUAGAACCUACAGUAUGUUCGUAAUUUGAUGAGGCUCACGUGCUCAUAUCAGCUAGCACAGGAAUAUUGGAUAUUGAGUAUUUUAAGUUGCAUGCUACUGCCCCCUGCUGCCUGCAUGCUGUUUGCCGUUGUUUCGUCACUGAACAGACAUGCGACCGUGGAGGAUGAUUAUUUAGUGCCGCUUCUUUGGGUUGAUUAAUUCGUAUUAAUCAUAAGUCAUACUUUCAUAUAAUAUAGCAAUAUCACAAACAGAUUUUUUGGCACAACUGCCCCCUGCUGGUGUGGACACCUAAAUUGUACGCGCAUAGAAGGCAGGAUAUUAGCGUGUCUAGCCUGUCAAAGCAAUCAUUGUCUAUUAUCAAGAACACUGAUUGCACACUACCGCCCCCUGCUGGUGUGUAGAUUUGUUUGAUCGAAAAUGUACACGGUAGUCUCUACAACUAGUGCAACUUUAUAUACAUUUAUUAGAACCAUGCUUUCUGAUUUGGAGAGGUUCCCAUAUAUGUAGAUGCAGAAAGUUUGGUGGUAUUUAAGUACAUUGAGGAAAGUCUUCUACUUCUCAAAUCCCACCACCUUCAAAUCCCACUCUCUUACAACCUUUCUUUCAGGAGGUGGUAGCUUGUAAAUUUUAUAAGUUCAAAUCCCAGCCCCACCAUGCUGCCACUGCUGGAUUCCAUAAAUGUAAAUGUAUCUUGGUUUACUCUUUGUGUUUGAUCAUAGCUUGGUGUGUCACAGAUGAUUUGAAGAUGCAAAUCUUACCAAUAUUUAAGGUUUUAAAUGCCAAAGUGACGCUUGACCUCGGCCUCGUCCUCCCUCUGAGGACUUCAGUAAGAUCUAGAGAGGAUUUGCAUCUAAAUGAAGCAGUUUUACCAGAUUGUAGGCUCUUGCCUCGAUACUGCUCUUUUCUCCCGUCCAAUCUUAAGCCUCACGGUUUGUGGUGUACAUUUUUCCAGUGCGUUCUUUAGCGACCCACGUCGCCAUGCCGCCGUGUUUGACCUCCUAACCCUGCGCUCACACACCCUGCCCCUGCACCCUAACCCUGCGCUCCCUCCUGUGUUUAACACUGAAAAUGUUUGUGACGCUCACAGACAUGGAUGUAAAACUAAGAAUUCUGCAGCAGAAUAUUUUUUUUUUUGAGACAUUCUUGCUUGUACAGUAUUUGUAAGCUCUAUUUUUGUAUAUUUAAUUGACAUUUUGGACAAAAUAAAAAAAAAACAACAAAAAAAAAAACAAGGAAGAUGUUUGUCUUGCAAAUGUUCUUUUAUUCAAUAAAACAAUUGUUGCAUGUGUUUGACUUGAACUGUAAAUAAAACUUACCACAUUUUGGAGAUAUUGAAAGCAAAAA